AUGUCUGAUAUAGCGUCAAUCUUGGAGAAAUCGCUUCACCAUGAAUAUGCCAAAGAAUCAGAGGCUCAACUGGCAGCACUGGAAAACCAUGAAGGGUUUGCCACCGAAGUGCUGCGAGUUGUCAGCAAUGAAGGGUAUCCCAUGAAUAUUCGAUUGAGUGGAGCAGUGUUCUUCAAGAACUUUAUUCGAAGAAAAUGGCUGGACGAGGAUGGCAACUACAAGGUAUCAGAAGUUGAUGUGAAAAUGAUCAAAAAGGAAGUCAUCGGCUUAAUGAUCCAGUUGCCUCCGUCAUUGCAGGCCCAGAUCGGUGAAGCUGUCAGCAUCAUCGCAGACAGUGAAUUCCCGCAAAGAUGGCCCGAAUUGAUCGACGAACUGGUGGUUAGAAUAGGCGAAGACAUGCUUGUAAAUAGAGGUGUCUUGGUGGUGGCUCACUCUAUCUUCAAAAGAUGGCGUCCUUUGUUCCGAUCUGAUGAACUGUUUUUGGAAAUAAAGCUGGUCUUGGACAAGUUCAGUGUGCCGUUCUUGAAAUUGUUCAAACAUGUCGACGAACUUGUGGAUCAAAAUGUGAACUCGAAAGAACAUUUAGAGGUACUACUGGAUGUUCUGUUGCUACUGGUGAAAAUUUAUUACGACCUUAACUGUCAAGAUAUCCCAGAGUUCUUUGAAGAUAACCUCGCCGCUGGAAUGUCCCUUAUGCACAAAUACCUGUUGUUCAAUCCCCCCGUAUUGAAGAAUGACGAGGAAGAGGAGCAAGCUGAUCUUCUCACUAAAGUUAAGACGGCCAUAUGCGAACUGAUUCAACUGUAUACUAUAAGAUACGAAGAUGUCUUCGGAAAGUUGAUUCCCGAUUUCAUGAAAUGUACCUGGGACUUGCUCAUUGAGACAGACAACAAACCUAAGAAUGAUCUUCUAGUCUCCAAGGCAUUGACGUUUAUGAGUUCCACAGCUAGAAUUCCCGCCCAAGCUGGCUUUUAUCAAGACGAGGAGCAUCUAAAUAAGAUCAUCACCGCCAUCAUAAUUCCUAACAUCCGCAUACGUCAAGCUGAUGAAGAGCUGUUUGAAGAUGAUCCCAUUGAAUUCAUCAGAUUAGAUCUAGAGGGGGCAGACUCGGAGUCUCGCAAAAAGUCUGCAUUGGAGCUGCUCAAAGAGUUAAAGGAACAAAAUCAGUCAAGUGUCACGUCCAUUGGAAUGAAGUACGUGAAUCAGUAUCUACAAGAAUACUUACAAUCUCCUAGUGAGAAUUGGCGCUCUAAAGAUUUGGCGCUCAAUUUGUAUUCAGCACUGGCAGUGAAAGGUACCAUCACCAGUAAUGGUGUUACUUCUAUCAAUUUACUGCUUAAUGUUGUCGAGUUUUUCACAACUACUGUAGCUACAGAUUUAGUGAAUGAUCAGGUGAAUCCAAUUUUAAAGGUUGAUGCUAUAAAGUACAUCUACACAUUCAGAAAUCAACUAACAAAAGAGCAGUUGAUUGAAGCAUUUCAACUUCUCUCUACGCAUUUGAACAACAGUGAGUACGUUGUGUACACCUACACAGCAAUUACAUUGGAGAAGAUUCUAUCAAUUAAACAGCACGGUAAACCCUUGUUUCAAAAAGCAGACAUUCCCACAAACGUACUUCAGCUAUUAAUUACCAAUCUGUUCCAAUUGAUCACAAGCAAGGAUUCAUCUCCCGAGAAACUUGCCGAGAAUGAGUUCUUAAUGAUCUGUGUCAUGCGAAUUCUGGUUGUUUCCGAGGAUGCAAUUAAUCAUCUAAGUAAGGAAAUUUUGACGCAGUUAUUGCGUAUAAUUCAAAGCAUUGCUAAGAAUCCUUCCAAUCCCAAGUUCACACAUUAUACGUUUGAAUCCAUUGCAGCAGUUGCAAAGUACCAAAAGACAAUUGAUGAUGAUCUGUUGGAACUGGUAGUACCUCAAUUAUUACCAAUUUUGGCCGAAGAUGUCCAAGAAUUUGUACCCUACAUUUUCCAAAUUCUGGCCUUCUUACUAGAGAACUACCCGUCAACUAAACCUUUACCAACUGCCUAUGGGCAGUUGAUCAAACCUCUCAUGUCACCUACCGUCUGGGAGUUCAAAGGGAACAUUCCUGCUGUAACCAGAUUGUUGCAGGCAAUUAUUCAACAGUCGCCCCAAAGUUUUGCCACUGAUGCGGAUAUUACUCCUGUACUGGGAGUCUUCCAAAAAUUAAUUGCUUCCAAAGUGAAUGACACUUAUGGAUUUGAUUUACUAGAAACCAUUUUUUUCAACAUUGAUUUCACUCGUUUAGCAAAUUACACUAAAACAGCAGCGAUGCUAUUGCUACAAAGGCUACAAAACUCCAAGACUGAGAAAUUUGUUAAAAGAUUUGUGGUAAUGAUGGCAACUUUUGCAUCGAUCAGUGAAAAGGACCAGAAGCUGGUACGUAAUGCUUCCCUUUUGGGUCCCGAUUUUGUCAUCCAGUUUGUAGACUCAGUUCAGAAUGGUAUUUUUGGACAGAUACUCACAAAUUUCAUUAUUCCUUCGAGUGAUGGGUUCAACAAUCUGAGGGAUCGUAACGUGAUUGUCAUCGGAUUGACCAAUCUCAUCUCCACCAGUUCACAAUUUUACUCACCAGAAGGUAAAUAUCGUUUACAAUUGAUCCCAUUGUUGGACAAGCUAACCCACCUGGUCACCACAGAAUCAAUUUCAGGGUAUUUGAGAACGGAGGACGAGCUUGACACCUCUGAAAAUGAAGAGUUCUUGUUUGGGUCAUCAUUUAAUAAGUUAAACUCCAUCCCCUAUAUUCCAUUCACACCAGUAUUAACCCUAUCUUUGUCCAGUCAAGACCUAAUUCGACAAUUUUUCAAGGAGCGGCUAGGCCAACUGAAUGAAAACUGUGGAGGAACGUUGGGCCAAAUAUUCGGCUCCCUGAGUGUUGAGUCACAGCAAGGACUGGCCUCAAUGGGGAUUUGA